AUGGCUAUUGAAGAACUUCUGAGAAGAGUAAAAGCUAGUGAACAUCAUUACCCAGAUAUUGCUAAGGCUCAAAUAUUUAUCAGUGGCUUGAGACCUGAUCUAGCAGUCUUUGUAGCCUUUUUUUUGCUCAGAAUCUUGUCUGCUACUCUGGAAAGAGCAAGGCUUUUAAAAAUGCUUUUAAGCAAAACUUGGCCCAUUUUAAUGCCUCUUUUAUCACUUCUUUUUAUUCUUCCCAGUAUGUAUCCUCCAAAUACCACAUUCUGGGCUAAAUUCGACAGAGAAAGCAAUUAUAAAAUUGACAGAAGUAGUCAACAGCAUGAUGAACCAAUUGAAGGAAGCCAGAGAACUAUCUAG